AUUACACUGUCCAGGGUACAGCCUCCAGUAAAUGUGUUACAUCCUGUUGACUGUGGGUGGUGUAUCCCAGCUAAGUACUGACACCAAUAAGAGGGCAGAUCAGGUGCAGUAGAGCUUCACUUGUCCUCUCACAUCUUUACAACAGCCACCAUGCAGCUGAUCCAGCUGGAAGCUGCCUUCUUGUUUGCGAUUGUGAUUCCUCAGAUAACCAGUAACAGCAUCACAUCUCCAGUUUCUGACUGUUUGGCUGCUGAGAAUACCUGCAUGUCAGACUUAUGCGAAAGCGAACAGGCAUUUUACGGAAGCAUCUGCGAAGAUGAAGGGUGCCAAAUAAAAGGCUCUGAGGUCUGUAACAUGACCAUCCAGACCAUACUGGACCAAUUUCCUUCUCUGCGAGGGUGUGUGUGCGCCUGGGAGGAGGAUCUUUGUGAUUCUAUACAAGUGUUGGCCUCACAAUGCCACAGAAAGCCAGCAGUUCAGCAGAAGAGAAACACAAUGAUAGACUGGCAGUCAAGCGGUUUGUUAGGUUAUGUAUAUGAUGGUGCUGGAUCCUGCUUGGACCGAAUUAGAGUUUGUGUCAGCGAUGCAGUUUGCAACAGACACCUGGCACCGGUUCUUCAGGCAUGUAUGGCGGAGCAGUGCGACAGUGAACGCUGUCAGCGAGCAACUCAGCAGUUCUAUGGCAACAUGCCGCAAAAUGUUGCAGAGAUGCUGGUCAUGUGUGAGUGUGAGGCUUCAGAUCAGAGCUGCCUGCAGAUGACAAUGGGUCUGCACAGUGGUGCAUGUGGAGACGAGACCCGGAUCUGCCAGGAAACACUCUACCAGUGUGUUAAGGACAGAGACUGCAGAGAUCUGUUAAGCACUUUCCAGUCCAAGUGUUGGAGCUCUGAAGGUGCACAAUGCAGCGACAGUGACCUCCGAAGAGAUGAAUGUUUCAGCCAGAUGGAUCCAGCUGUCAUGCUCGGCACGGAUUCUGAAUGCAAAAUGACCUUCUUGGCUACAUUGGGCACAGCACUUCACUAUCCUUGUACAUGCAAAGGAGUUUACAAUGACAAGCUGCUGAUGUGCAAUGCGAUUCAUGAUGUCCUUCAUAACAGAUCACGUUUCAUUACAUCUUGGAAAAGCAGUAGGAGCCCCUUUAAACCUCCUGAAAGUAAUGCUUCUGAACAGAGAGGAUCACAUGAUUAUCUGCUGUAUGUUUUCGCAAUAGUGCUACUUGUCGGAGUUAUUGUAAUAAUGCCUCUGGCGGUUGUGAGUAAAAUAUGGAUGCUGAGACGGAGAGAUAAAGCUAAAUUUCACCAUCCCGAGAAAAGCAGUUGUGUUGUUAUUUUCUGAUGUGUGUUCCUCUUGACAUGCCACAGCAUAAAAAUAAUGAACAAAUUUUUAGGUGACGGCAGAGGUGAAGUGGUUUUCUGUUGCAUGCAUUGCUGUUGUUGUUUUUUUUGUUUAUCUCAGUGUUGAUAAUGAUGUAUAGUUUGCGAAAGAUUAAAGUAAAGAUGCUUUUAA